AUGAACGCUCUGAACAGCAGUGUAUCGCAAAAUAUAUCAUUUGUGCGCCCGGAGUACUUCUUCAUCAGUGGAUUUUCUGAAAUUCCUUACAGCAAAUACUACUUUGUUUUUUUCAUUUUUGUAUAUAUUUUUUCAGUGUGUGGGAACUCGGUCGUCCUCUUUAUGAUUUUAACUGAAAGGACUCUGCACAGUCCUAAAAACUUGGGCAUCUUUAAUUUAGCUCUGGCAGACUUUGGUGAAACAAAUGCGCUUGUUCCAAACAUGUUAAAAACAUUUCUGUUUGAUUCACCGUACAUUUCUUAUGAGGCUUGUUUGGCCAACAUGUUUUUUGUUUUUUUCUUUUUCUGUGUACAGACUUUAACUCUGGCUGCUUUGGCAUAUGAUCGUUUUAUUGCCAUUUGCUUACCCCUGAGAUACCAUGCUAUUGUAAAUACCUCUUUUAUGUCUGUUAUUUUCACUGCAAUUUGGGUAUUUAACACUGUGGUGAUGUGCACAGUUGUGUGUUUAAUUACACGUCUUUCAUUCUGUAAAACUAAUGAGGUAAAAAGCUUUUUUUGUGACCAUGGGCCAAUUUAUAACCUUGCUUGUAAUAAUAACAGCAUGAGUUUCUUUAUGGCUAAAUUUUGCACAGCAGUAUACCUGUAUGCACCCCUCCUUGCCAUAUUCGUAUCAUAUUUAGGCAUUUUUUUAGCCCUAAUUAGAAUAACAACAUGGGAGGCUCGGCUUAAAGCGCUGAAAACUUGCGUCUCUCACCUGCUAGUAGUGGGAAUAUUCUUCCUGCCUACAUUAGGUACAUAUCUGGCUGCUGUAACAUUCUCACUUCAUCCCAACGCUAGAAUAAUCAAUACUUCUAUAUCAAUGGCCAUUCCACCCAUGUUAAAUCCAAUCAUUUAUGUUUUGAAUACAAAUGAAUUCAGAGGUAUUUUAGUAAAACUAUUUAAAAAGAAUACAGUUAUACAUUUCCAUGAGCAAGCUUUAACAAAGUGA